AUGUCGGACGGGUUGCCCCCGGCGCAAGGCACGCGUCUGCGCUCGUCCCAGCGGCUGCGGAAGCGCGGGCGCGACGACGAGUCGCCCGAUUCAGAGAGCCCGCUGCAGCCCCUCAGCCCCAACGACGAGGCGAGCUCGCCCGAGCUGCAGGCGGUCAAGGCGGAGGUCGAGGACGAGGCGCGGCCCAGGAAGCGGACAUAUGUCAGACGCGACGCGCAGCGCCGCAAGGAGCAGAACGCUCAGGCCCAGAAGAAGUUUCGAUGGAAGAAGAAGGCCAUGGCGGAGCAGAUGUCGAAAGAUUUGGUCGACCAGAAGCGCAGGAACAAGGAGCUCGAGGCGCGCUGUGCCGAGCUCGCAGGGAUCACAGAGGACAAGGACGAGCAGCUCGCCCACAAGGAGACGCUUCUCAGCCGCCUGCUCAACGAGAACGGGACGUUCAAGCGCCGCCUCGAGAUGAUGAGCCGCCGCUUUGGGUUCGACGACGCCGAGAUUGAGUCCGCAUCUUCGCCGUGA